GCUGAGGAAUUUUAUCUACAUGCUUCAGAACUUCGUUAUACUUUGCCUCCUAAGAAAUACCUAAUUCCUGAUGAUUAUUUUGUAAAAACUACUUGGGGACUUACUAAUGCCGCAACAAAUUAUGAGAAAGCUAUAAAUAUGAAUACAAAUAAAAAAUCUUUAUUAUCUGGACCUUUAUUAUUUGGACUACAGCUUCAAAAACUUAGGACGAUUAGAGAAUUUCAUGUUAAACAACAUAUAAUUAAACCCACAGAGCAAUAUUCAGAGACAACUCUUAGAAAACAUGCAAAAGAAAUUGCAACAACAAUUCAAAAAGAAUUUAUUCAAAAUAUUGAGUUUAAAUAUAAUUCACAAGAUUCUAUUUUAUUAAUGUCAUUUGAAUAUACUGUUAAUAAUCAAAAUUAUUAUUUUGAUUUUGGAAAUGAAAAUCUUAUACAAAAAAAAAUAGAGCAUCAUCAUACACCCAAUUAUCAUCAUACCAUUGUCUUGUACCCUGGAGUUGAAAAAUAUGAAUUACUCGAAGUUGUAUUAAAUCUGUUUCUUAAUAAUCUUAGAGAUUUUAAAAAUAAUGGAUUAAAUGUUGCAG